UGUGGGCGUUUUUUCCUUCUCGGUCUUGACUUUUUUUUUUUUUUUGGGUGUUGCCUUUACAACUUUGGAGUUUCACCGGAGUGCUGCUAACAAGGACAGUCAAGUCGGAUACUUCCUGUAGCAACAUUUAAAACUUUUCGGACCACCGUCGAGGUCCCCCCGCUUUGUUUAUUCCGCACUUUUUCAGACGGUACGGGACCGCUUUAUUAUAGCCGCUGUUAGCCAGCUAAGCUAACGGACGCCGAGCUGCUGUAACGUCGGCUGAGUCGCCAGAGAGAGAGUCGUUCGAUGCAGGCCAUAAAGUGUGUGGUGGUGGGGGACGGGGCUGUGGGUAAAACUUGUCUGCUAAUCAGCUACACUACCAAUGCCUUCCCUGGAGAGUACAUCCCCACGGUCUUUGACAAUUACUCUGCCAAUGUGAUGGUUGAUGGGAAACCAGUGAACCUGGGACUGUGGGAUACAGCAGGACAGGAGGACUAUGACAGGCUCAGGCCACUGUCCUACCCGCAGACAGACGUGUUCCUGAUUUGCUUUUCACUCGUCAGUCCUGCCUCCUUUGAAAACGUCCGUGCCAAGUGGUACCCUGAGGUGAGGCACCAUUGCCCCAACACACCUAUAAUCCUGGUGGGAACCAAGCUGGAUCUAAGAGACGACAAGGACACCAUUGAGAAGCUGAAGGAGAAGAAACUCUCUCCUAUUAUCUACCCGCAAGGCUUGGCCAUGGCUAAAGAAAUAAGUGCAGUGAAAUACUUGGAGUGCUCAGCUUUGACCCAGCGUGGCCUUAAAACGGUGUUUGAUGAAGCCAUCAGGGCAGUCCUGUGCCCACCACCUGUCAAGAGAAGGAGGAGGAAGUGCAGCGUGUUGUAACGGGGAGCAGCAAAUACGGUCGAAAUCAGAACUCGCCUACUUGGAGGGAAGAAGACGGCUGGGUUAUUUUCACCCUGUGUCCUUGCUUACAUAGAAGCUUUGGUAGAUCAGACUUCCAUCUGAAAGAACUUUACAGAUUUAAGCAGCGCAGAAGAGUUUCUGUCAGAUCUUUUCUCUGGGUUUGCAUCUGUUUAGUCCUUUCAGAUGGACAGGAAAGAAGUGAUUUUUGCUAAGGCCUCGGGGAACGGGAGGGCAGGGGAUGUAAUUGUUGAGCUGGGGAGAGAGGGAGGAUUUUACUAAAAGAAAAACAAAAGUCGUCAGUUUUCUCAGACAUUGUGAAGAAACACUACCUGAAGGUGAAUUUCUCGUGACACUACCGUAGAUUUAACACUAAAAGAAGGAAGUUCUGCACGGCACUCUAUCCCCUACACACUAAGAGAUUCCUGUUGCCUUGAUAAAAUUUUAGUUUUAAGAGGUAAAGAGAUUUUUUUAGAAAUUUUUUUUUUUUUUUUUUUUUUUUCCUCCAUUGGACCAUUUUUGUUUACACGUGUCAUCCAACUAGAGGUGCUGUGAAAACUGCCAUCUCUUGCUAGUCCCUCUGUGAACACUUUAAUACUGUUUUUACCUGCACAGCGUGUCGUCAUGCAGUUGUGAAGAAACCCUUUAAACCCUAAAAUGACUGCGAUAAAUUUUUGAAGCUGCUGCUCAGAAUAAUUGCAAGAGUGCAGUGAUCAAACAUUAAAGAGACGGUGUCUGGUUAAUAUUUUUAACAUUUAGUUGUCUUGUUCCUUAAUGUUAUUUCUAAAUGUAUCCAUCGGUCUUGUCUCAUCAUAUGUGAGCACAGUAUUUUAUGAAUGACGGUCAGACAUGUGAAGGUAUCUGUGCAGCCGGUCUUGUUUUGCUCUCCUUCUUUAUUUUUCCUUUAAAGUUGUGGCCGUUUUUCCUAGCUUUCACCAAAUUCUCACCCAGACGAUGCUUCUUGCUAGUAUGUGAUACCCACUGUGUCAUAGCCAUCAUGGAAGUGUGUAACAUUUCAUUUUGAACCCAUCUAUUACUGUCUAUUAUGAAGCCAGUGAAGUAAUUUUUGAAGGUCAGAGCUGAUUUGAAUGCAUUUUGUUUUACAAUAUAAACUUAAGUAACAGAAAAUUUAUUAUUUUGAAAUGAUCAAGUUGUGCGAUUGCUCCAGGGAACUCAACAUUUUAUCAGUGUUUCAUUGGCACAGAGGAAGUUGGAUUUAAUUUCUUAAUAAAUGUGGUUUCAUUUUCACAUUGUAA